AUGUCGGAUCACCCUAAGGACAUCCUCAACACAAUCAACCUCGUCACACAAUGUCUCUGUAUUCCGAUCGUCACUCUUUUUGUCGCCUUGCGCUUUUACACUCGGUUGCGAUUUAAGCAAUCCUUGGGCGUCGAAGAUUAUGGCUGCACCGUAGCAUGGUUAUUGUUUAUGGGAUACUGUGCAAUCAGUAUCGUCAUCGGCCAGCAUGGCGGCGGCUAUCAUUUCGACGAACUCGACAGCGCCACCCAAAUCCAAUUCAAAAAGUUCUGCUACAUCGCAACCAUUCUAUACUGCCCAAUGGCCCUCUUCGUUAAAAUCGCCCUUCUCUCAAUCCUCACCCGCAUCUUCGCUCCUUACCGCGGCAAAGUCUGGUUCAUCUACAUCUUCCUCGCCUGCCUUUGCUGCUACUACAUCGUCGCCCUCAUCAUCAAAAUCCGCAUGUGUAGCCCCAUCCCAAUGUACUGGCUGGGCAACGUGGAAGGCGGCUCCUGUCUCGACCAAACCGCCGCUCUCAUCGCCGACUCAGUCAUCUCCGUCGUGAGCGAUAUCAUCAUUCUCAUUCUCCCCCUGCCGCUCACCUGGUCGCUUCAAAUGUCGCGCAACCGCAAGCUGCGCGUGAUGGGUCUCCUCGGUGCCGGUGGUCUCGCCACGGGAUUCAGUCUAUACCGUCUCGUCCUUGUUCUGAAGGAUGGAAAUUCGACCGAUAUGAGUCUAAUGUUUGUCCGAGUGAUCUUGUCCGGAAACGCCGAAGGAGGCGUCGGUCUGAUCUGCGCCUGUCUCCCGAUCCUCAACGUCCUCCUCGCCCAUUACAAAAAGACCGUCUCCGACAAAUACUACCAGCAUAGCUCGAACAUGGCGCUAAGUGAACGCAAAUCCGCCCCGUCCAAGGCUGCCUCGGAAUGGGAUAAGGCCACUGCUUUCGGUGACCAAAGCCAUCUUAUUUCCUUUGCGGGCGCGCCCGAGGCCAGCGAGUCUUCUUAUAACCCUGAAGAUGGAAUUCGGAAAACGGUCGCUGUCUCGCAGACUAUUGAGACUUCAUGA